AUGACCUGUGGAAAUAGUACCUCUACAGAACCUGUAUGUCUACUUGACGAGGCAAACCGAUGCAUACGUCAGUAUUCAAGCAAAUGCCACUUGGACAUAGCUGCCUGUGUACAAGGAAAAAAUCUUACGGAUUACAGCAAUGUCUAUUGUAUGAUGGAUACGUAUCUAUGUGAAGGAGAAUAUGAACGCUGGACCAUAUUUUUUGGACAUGAAAAAUAUUAG